AUGACGCUGCUGUGUGUGCCGCUGGUGGGGCGGACGGUCGAGGGGAUGAAGAUCGACGCGGCGGCCGCAGCGGCCGCAGGGGGCGACCUUGUCGAGAUCCGACUGGACUACAUCGAGGGGUUCCGCCCGCGGGAGGACCUUCCACGUCUGCUCCACAGCUGCCCACUCCCCGUCCUUGUCACCUACCGGCCUAACUGGGAAGGAGGUCGCUAUGAUGGUGAUGAUGCCACUAGAUUUGAAACACUCUGUUUAGCUAUGGAACUAGGUGUAGACUAUGUUGACAUCGAGUUAAAGGUUGCUGACAAAUUUGUUGAUUUUCUUUCUGGUAAUAAGCCAGAUAAGUGUAAACUUAUUGUUUCUUCACAUAAUUAUGAAAGUACCCCAUCCUGCGAGGAGCUUGCAAAUCUUGUAGCCAGAAUACAAGAAGUUGGAGCUGACAUAGUUAAAGUUGCAACAACUGCUACAGACAUUGUUGAUGUGUCAAGGAUGUUCCAAGUGAUGGUGCACUGCCAAGUGCCUAUGAUUGGAUUGGUGAUGAGUGAGAGAGGUUUGAUGUCAAGGGUGUUAUCCCCAAAAUUUGGUGGAUAUCUUACCUUUGGAAUACUUGAUGCUACUAAGACAUCAGCAUCUGGGCAACCAACACUUGAAGAAUUAUUGGACAUUUACAAUAUAAGGUGUAUAGGACCUGAUACAAAAGUUCUUGGUCUUAUAGCCAACCCAGUAAAGCAGAGCAAGAGCCCAAUUUUGCACAAUAAAUGUCUACAGUCUGUUGGAUACAAUGCUGUUUAUCUUCCACUUCUGGCAGACGAUCUUGCUAGAUUUCUUGACACAUAUUCAUCUCCAGAUUUUUCAGGAUUUAGUUGCUCUCUUCCUUUCAAAGUGGAUGCAGUACAUUGUUGCCAUGAACAUGAUGCUGUUGCUAAGUCAAUAGGUGCCAUAAACACUAUAGUUAGGAAAUCAGAUGGCAAAUUAGUGGGCUACAAUACAGACUACAUUGGAGCAAUUUCUGCUAUUGAGGAUGGCAUAGGAGGUCUGGGGUCAAAGGAUGCUGCUAUGUCACCAUUGUCUGGCAGGCUUAUUGUUGUUGUAGGUGCUGGUGGUGCUGCUAAGGCAAUUGCCUAUGGGGCAAAGAAGAAGGGUGCAAGAGUUGUAGUAGCAAAUCGUACCUAUGAAAAGGCAGUUACUCUUGCCAAUGCAGUUGGUGGCCAGGCCCUGAGGUUAGCCGACCUGGAAAAUUUCAGGCCUGAAGAAGGGACGAUCCUCGCUAAUGCAACAUCAUUGGGGAUGUACCCAAAUGUUGAUGGCACUCCUGUUCCGAAGAAAGCUUUAAGGUUCUAUGAUGUAGUGUUUGAUGCGGUAUAUGCCCCAAAAGUUACCCGGCUUCUACGAGAAGCAAAAGAACAUGGAGUGAAAGUUGUUAGCGGUGUAGAGAUGUUUGUUAGACAAGCCAUGGGCCAAUUUGAGCAUUUCACUGGUGGUAUAGAAGCUCCUGAAAGCCUGAUGCGCGAGAUAGCAGCACAGUAUACCUAG